GAGGAUGCUCGUGACCUGGAUGCCUACACAUUAGCCAAGUCUUACUUUGAUCUAAAGGAAUAUGACAGGGCUGCCUAUUUCCUACGGGGCUGCAAGAGUCAGAAAGCUUACUUCUUGUACAUGUACUCUAGAUACCUGUCAGGGGAAAAGAAGAAGGACGAUGAGACUGUGGAUAGUUUGGGACCUCUGGAGAAAGGACAGGUGAAAAAUGAGGCUCUCCGAGAACUGAGAGUUGAGCUCAGCAAGAAACACAAGGCACGGGAACUGGAUGGGUUUGGCCUUUAUUUGUAUGGUGUCGUGCUGCGGAAGCUGGACCUGGUGAAAGAAGCAAUAGAUGUGUUUGUUGAAGCUGCCCAUGUCUUGCCUUUGCACUGGGGAGCCUGGCUGGAACUGUGCAACUUGAUUACAGAUAAAGAGAUGUUGAAGUUCCUGUCCUUGCCGGACACAUGGAUGAAAGAGUUCUUUCUUGCACACAUUUAUACAGAGCUGCAGCUGAUAGAGGAGGCUCUGCAGAAGUAUCAGAGUCUCAUUGAUGCGGGAUUUUCCAAAAGCACUUACAUCAUCUCUCAGAUCGCAGUUGCCUACCACAAUAUCCGAGAUAUUGACAAAGCUUUAUCCAUCUUUAACGAGCUAAGGAAACAAGAUCCUUACAGGAUAGAAAACAUGGACACUUUCUCCAACUUGCUGUAUGUAAGGAGCAUGAAGCCUGAAUUGAGCUACCUGGCUCACAAUCUCUGCGAGAUAGACAAGUAUCGUGUUGAGACCUGCUGUGUGAUUGGGAAUUAUUAUAGCUUGCGUUCCCAGCAUGAAAAAGCAGCACUCUAUUUCCAGAGGGCCUUGAAACUGAAUCCUCGUUAUCUGGGAGCCUGGACACUCAUGGGACACGAGUAUAUGGAAAUGAAGAACACAUCUGCAGCUAUCCAGGCCUAUAGACAUGCAAUAGAGGUGAACAAAAGGGACUACAGAGCAUGGUAUGGCUUGGGGCAAACCUACGAAAUCCUCAAAAUGCCAUUUUACUGUCUCUAUUACUACAGACGGGCCCACCAGCUCAGACCAAAUGAUUCUCGUAUGCUGGUUGCUCUAGGAGAAUGCUAUGAGAAACUCAAUCAGUUGGUGGAAGCUAAAAAGUGCUAUUGGAGAGCUUAUGCUGUGGGAGAUGUGGAGAAAAUGGCACUGGUGAAACUAGCAAAGCUGCACGAACAGCUGAAUGAAUCUGAACAGGCAGCUCAGUGCUACAUCAAAUACAUCCAGGAUAUCUAUUCCUGUGGGGAGGUAGUGGAGCACCUGGAGGUCUGCACUGCCUUCCGUUACCUGGCCCAGUACUACUUCAAGUGCAAGCUCUGGGACGAAGCCUCGGCGUGUGCCCAGAAAUGCUGUGCGUUCAAUGAUACUAGAGAAGAAGGAAAGGCCCUGCUGCGGCAGAUCUUACAGCUUCGCAACCAAGGAGAAACAUCCUCCACAGAGAUUGCUGCUCCCUUUUUCCUCCCUGCGUCAUUGUCAGCCAACAACACUCCCACCCGUCGCGUCUCCCCACUCAAUCUGUCUUCUGUAACGCCAUGAACAAUGCUGGUGCUUCUGACCUGUGCACUGAGUGUGACCGUGCGGAUGGGGCUGGCAACCCCUUCUUUCUUUCCAGUGAAACUUUUGCAUUGGUUGUUGCCUUCACGUGAAGGGUGGGAGUUGCUGGAACCCACAGCUGAAGGCGGAUGUGCCCUGGCAGGCAGAGGUGCAGCCCAUGUGAAAGUGCCUAUGGCCAGCUAUGAACCUGCUGUGCUGCUCACCCAGCCAUUCCUGUCGGAGGGCAGAUGUGUUCCAGUACACAGGACUGCUCCUAACUGAGGGGUUGGGAAGAGCUU